AUGAGCUUCGCAGACAAACUGCCGAUCCUGCUCCUCCUAUCUUCCCUGGUCUCGGCCCAGCUCGGACGCAAUUCUGACUCCACGACUUCUUCCAUCCAGGAAGCCACCCCAUCAGCCUCCAACACAAGCUAUGCAGUGGAAGAUGAGCUUGCUGGCAGCAUGCAGCCUCCCAGUGUGAGCACACAGCCUCAAGUAGCAGUAAAAGAGCAAGAGCAAGUCUGGUCUGUGCCUGAAAAUUACCUCUAUACCGGUGACGCCUCUCUCCUGAGUUCUUCAAGCUGCCGCAAUUCUUUCCAGUUGACUGAUCAGAAUGGUGCUAUCCCACAGGACAUCAAGGCCCUCCUCUACAAGUCUACAGUGUCCUUGACCAACACUGUGAACUUCCUCAACCUUAUCUUUCAGGCAAGUGAACUGAGGGAGACCAGUGUAAGGGAGGAUAUAGAGUGGUACCACGCGCUGAUCCGGUCCAUGCUUGUUGGUGAAAGACCUAGCCUGGUGAGACAUGCUCUGCUAAGCUUUGAUGCUGAUCCUACAGCACCUCAACCACAGUUGGUACUCUGGGCCUCCAAGGACUCAUCUCAGGACAUCUACUUACAGGACCUCACUUUGGCCUGGGAAAAACCUGACUUACUGCCCCAUGGCCUUGAUCAGAGCUGGUUCACCUUACUGAAGUCCAACAGCCCAUCUUUUCCUAGCCUGUCUAAACAGGUCCUGCUCAAUGACCUCAGCACCCUGGACACACCCAAGUGGACAUACGGGGGCAUCUAUGUAACCAAUAGCAGUGGACUGCAGUGGGGUGAGACCCCAUUCUUGGAGUGUAAAGACGGUCGUUUCCUGCCUGGGUGGCUACUUUCACUUUCUAUGCCUUUUUAUGGGCUGAAGCCAGACCUCAGUCCUGAGUUUAGAGGUGUGAUCCGUUUAGAUGUGAAUAUCCAGGAUUUUGAUGUAAACCAGUGUGCCACUGGGGAUUUCUGGUUUGCUGACACACAUCAGUGUAACCGUACCAGCAUGGAGUGUGAGCCGAUUCCUAGGCAGGGGUUUCGUCUUGGCCAGUACUGUUGCCGAUGUAAAGAGGGAUACUACAGCCUGCCAGACGUCACAGAGGACCAGUUGGAUGAUGGUUCCAGUAGUACCCAGGGGUGUUACCCUACGAUUCCCGUGUGUGUGCCCUGUUAUCCGGGCUGUAAGCAUUGUCAGAAUGGCUCCCCAUGUUGGGUUCAGGAGGACUGGCACCUGAGAGCAGUGCUCCUAACUGUGCAUUGCUUCUUCAUGGCACUUGUGCUCAUCAGCAUGCUGAGAGUGUACCAAUGCCGGAGUUCAAGGCCGAUUCGAGCAUCUGGUCUCCUGUUGCUCGAGAUUAUCCUCUUCGGGUCUCUGCUCCUUUACUUUCCUGUCUUGAUAAUAUUUUUCAAACCCAGCACGUUUCGCUGCAUCCUGCUCCGUUGGGUCCGUCUGCUUGGCUUUUCCGUUGUUUACGGCACGGUGUCAUUGAAAAUGUACAGGGUUCUGAAUGUAUUCCUCUCAUGCACGGCCCAGAGAGUCCCCUACAUGUCCAGCACCAGUGUACUCAGGAUGCUGGGAGUGAUGGUGCUCAUUGUGAAAUGGUUUUUGUGUGCUUGGACUGUGGGAGUCCUUCAGAACUGGGAUCGUAACAUCCCACUACUCAUUACAUUAGCGACCUCAGAUGGGCAGAGUUUCAGAGUGUGUGAUUUGGACCGCUGGGAUUACAUGAUGGCUAUGGCAGAGUUGCUGUUCUUGUGCUGGGGGAGCUCCCUCGGCAGUGCAGUGAAGGCUGUGCCCGCUGCCUUCCACGAGCCUCGCUACAUGAGCAUCGCUAUAAACAACGAACUGCUCUUCUCCACCAUGUUCCAUCUCCUCAGAUUCAUAAAGCCAUCUCUACAUCCUGACUGGAUGCUCUUGCUGUUCUUUAUCCACAUACAUGUCACAAUCACUGUAACACUUGGCCUGCUGUUCUUUCCUAAGCUCCUUCACGUAUCUCAACUGGCUUCAGAGAUAUAUGAGGAUGAAGUAGACCUACGACGUUCAUGUUUACAUCUAAAUAAUAGUUUUACAUCCGCCUGCUGGAGUGACCACAACCUGGACCCUGACGACAUUCGGGGUGAGCUAAAGAAACUUUAUGCUCAGUUAGAAGUCCACAAGACCAAGAAAAUGGAAAACAACAACCCACACCUGCAGAAAAAGCGCAGCUCUCGGCUCACGUUUGGCCGAUCCCUUAUUAGGCGGAUAGCUGAGAUCCCAGAGAGCAUGAGUCUGCAGGGUAGCCGUAAAGAUAAGGACACUUCAGGAGCUGGAGGGACACUGAAAGGGUCUGGAUCUUGCCUGGCAACUUCCGAAAGCGCUCGUGUCAUUAUGAGGAGUGAGACAGCAAAGCCAUCACCAGAGAGACAAAAGUGUCUGCCAUUGAGGGAUGCCUCAGUGAAAAACUGUACGAACAAGAGGGCCUCGGAGACAGAGUCCAUCGACACCGCGCCACUUUUCUGCAAGUCAGUCAGUGCUCAGAACCUAGCCCUAGACAACAACUUCCUACACCCAGUGUCCACACGGGUUCAGAAAUCAUUUAGUUUUACAGAAAAGCACAGGGAUCAUUAUCCGCGUUCUCCCGCUAAGAGCACAGUGGACACAUCGCGUGUUUUGAAAACAAGCCCAAAAGAUAAGUCAUUUGACAAGGCUGAAGUUAAGGAGGAACAGCCUACAGGCACAAACACGUCAAACCAAGCAAAUGUCACUUGCGCUCUUUCUGAACAGGAAACCCUAACACAGAAGCUUACAUCUCCCCCCACACUACUGUAUGUUUGCCCCUGGGAAUUUGCCUCCUCCUUGCCCUCCUCUUCUCCUCCUGUGGCAAAGGGAGGGAGUAGUCUAGACUCAGAUGUUGAAUCUUCAAGACCAAAUCCUCCAAUCUCCUCAAGUGCCCCAGGAUCACCAUAUAGCUUUGCCAAGCCGAUGGCCCGCUGUGGUAUCUCUUUCCAUUCUGCUACCCAGACCCUCCUUUUAGCAAGGGGUUUGGUGGCUAAAAAAGGGUCUGGCAGAUAUAGCAGUAAAAAUGAACUGGAGGGUACAUCACAACACACCAGAUCAGUGACUCUAAGCAGUGCUAUAAAGUCAGGGAAAAAGACACCACAAGCACCGAUACGAUCUAUGACUUGUGUUGAUUCAAAACCUUGCCUUGUGAAACAGGCAGCGAUAAGAGCAUCCCCAGAGAGGAACUCCGUAAGCACCGUCCCACCACGUAUCCACCUGUGGGAGUCUGAAGACGUGGAGUAUGAAAAUAUAAUACAAUGUCAGAACAGUGGCAGGACAAGACUGUGUCUGACUCCUAGUAUCGAGAGGACCAACCCAUCCUGGCACCACGAUAAAGCUUCUUUGACUGUUCCGAGAUCAACAGGGUGUCGAUGGGAUGUUCCAAACAAGACUUGUCGACAAAGCAGCAUUGCUGAUAUUUGCCCAUGGGAAGCGAAGCAGCAAGAUCAAUUACAACCCAAAGGUUUUUGUGAUGACGAUUUAACUUGCGAAGAGGACAGCAAGCAUAUGCAAAUAACAACAGGGGACAAAAGGAUUCGUCCAUGGGAACCUCUAGGACAGACAUCGAGAAUCAAUAGUAAAGCUAGGAAAGGAACUGAGCAACAUCAGAGCCAUACAGAGGCAGAAGUGUUCCCCUGCAAUGUUAAAGAAGAUUCUGCCAAAUCAGUUUCUGAGGCAACAAAACCCACUGAGAGAGUUAUUUAUGUAAAUCCUCAACCAGACACAAAGAAGCAGAGUCGACAAGAGACACUCCGAACUGAUAUCUGUCCAUGGGAAACAAAAAGUCUAACUACGCCUAGUCCAAGGCACCGUUUAACAAAACAACUUACCGGUACUGCGGAUAUGGAUAUAUGCCCAUGGGAUUUCCCUGAGGGAUCUUCCUGCCAGUUGGAAAAGUUACCUAAAACAGAUGCUGAGAACCCAAGUGAUGAUGUUAAGAAAACUAAAUCAGCGCCAAAUCCACCGACUAAACAGCUGACAAGCACAGCGGAAACUUGUCCGUGGGAUUUCCCUGACUCGCCAUCUAUUGUAAAAGAAGUCUAUCUGUUGGAAACAGAGGAAGCAUCACUGAAACCAAAUCAAGAGGACAUGGGAUUGCCUUCACAAGUGUCCACAACUAAGAAAACACAUAGCUGUUCCCAGGAAGCAGAUACAACAGGGAGGUCUGAAGGUAUCACCAUAACAAAGGAGGCAGAUACCUCAGUCCUACAAAAAGAAAGUGUGCACGCUAAAAUCUGUCUUUGGGAAACCAUUACACUAGAAAGUGAACAGCCCGGGAAAUCAUCUCAAAAACAAACAGGCCUUCAUGUUAAUCGAGAUCCAGUGCAUACAGGUGAGCCUGAGAAGCAAAUCCAAAAAACCAAAAAUGCUUACGCUGAGAUUUGCCCAUGGGAAACAGAACAGUCACCAAAAAAACCUCAAAGUCCAAAUUACCUUCAAGCAUAUAUAUGUCCUUGGGAAUUAGAGGUUUCAGGAAAAUCCAAAAUGCAAACAAGUGUCUGUGUAGACAUUUCCCUUUGGGGCUCUGAACGACCAGCGAGUACAAAGGACAGCGUCAGUGAGAAGACGGAAGAAGAUACCUGUGCACAUACUGUACAACGGGCAAAGGCUAAUCCGCCUCUGACUCGAUGUGAUGCACUGUGUCCAUGGGAAAUGAAGGGAGGAUCCAUUGAGCACGAUAAUAACUCGGACAUAUUCACAUGGGAGGAACCAAUAGCGGAAGAAGAAAGUGAUGCAGAAACAGCGGCAGAAGCCUUUAUCUUCCCACCUGACUCAUAA